AUGUGGGGAAGAAGAUCGAUUGCGAGAGCUGUAGCAUUUGGCCGUCCAGUCACCGUCCGCCCUGCCCCUCUUCGUCUUUUACAUUUGGUCUCGCGUGUGCCUCGCUUGCCAACUCGACCUCUCCCUCUUUUGCCGGGUCAACCUCGCUCACGUAUUACUGCCUUGAAACCCUUGACUCCCAUCAGACAUUGUUCCGCCGAAGUCCGCAUGAUGGCCUCCCAAGAGAGAGAGACCCUCCCGGAUGUGGUCAAGCCCAUCAACUACCACGUCUCUCUCUUCGAUCUACAGCUCGGUGGCUCGUGGGGAUACAAGGGUGCUUUGAAGAUCGAUCUCCAAGUCACCCGCGCCACAAGCGAAAUUGUGCUCAACUCAAAGGAAAUCGACGUACAGAAUGCCGAGAUUCUGGGCAAGGAUGGAAGUCUAUUGGCGAAAGCAUCGGAAAUCACCUACGAUAAAAAGUCCGAGAGGGUUUCUCUUAUUCUCUCAAAGGAGCUUGCUCCGGCAGACGUCGUCCUUUCGAUCAACUUCACUGGUAUGAUGAACAAUGCCAUGUGCGGUUUCUACCGUUCCAAGUACAAACCCACCGGUGAGGUCUCGGCGGACACUCCCAAGGAAGAUGACUUCCACUACAUGUUGAGCACUCAAUUUGAGUCUUGUGAUGCACGAAGAGCUUUCCCUUGUUUCGAUGAGCCGAACCUGAAAUCCACCUUUGACUUUGAGAUCGAGGUUCCCAAGGGACAGACUGCCCUGAGCAACAUGCCUGUGCUUUCUGAAAGAGAUGGAAGCAGCCCCGGAUUGAAGUUUGUCACCUUUGAAAAGACCCCGGUGAUGAGCACAUAUCUUCUCGCGUGGGCAGUUGGUGACUUCGAGUACGUCGAGGCCAUGACCAAGCGUAAAUACCAGGGCAAGAGCAUUCCUGUUCGCGUCUACACCACUCGAGGCCUCAAGAACCAGGCUGAAUUUGCGCUUGAGUGUGCGCACCGUACUGUCGAUUAUUUCUCUGAAGUAUUCGAGAUCGAGUAUCCGCUCCCCAAGGCUGAUCUUCUUGCCGUUCACGAAUUUGCCAUGGGAGCCAUGGAGAACUGGGGACUUGUUACCUACCGAACCACAGCCGUUCUCUUCGAUGAAGGAAAGUCAGACAACCGCUACAAGAACCGCAUUGCCUAUGUUGUGGCUCACGAACUGGCCCACCAAUGGUUUGGUAAUCUUGUCACCAUGGACUGGUGGAAUGAGUUAUGGCUCAACGAAGGGUUUGCCACCUGGGUUGGUUGGCUGGCCGUGGACCAUUUCUACCCAGAAUGGAACGUUUGGUCUCAGUUUGUCGCUGAAGGUGUACAACAAGCAUUCCACCUCGACUCGCUACGUGCCUCCCACCCGAUCGAAGUUCCUGUCAAGAACGCCCUCGAGGUCGAUCAAAUUUUCGACCACAUCAGCUACCUGAAGGGCAGCUCGGUCAUUCGCAUGCUCAGUGUUCACCUUGGAAGGGAAACUUUCUUGCGGGGAGUUGCAGACUACCUUAAGUCACACGCCUAUGGAAAUGCCACUACUAAUGAUCUCUGGUCCGCAUUGAGCAAAGCCUCCGGCCAGGAUGUGCACUCUUUCAUGGACCCUUGGAUCCGCAAGAUCGGUUUCCCGGUUGUCACCGUGGCAGAGGAGCCCGGCCAGAUCACCGUCAAGCAGAACCGUUUCCUGUCCACCGGCGAUGCGAAGCCGGAAGAGGAUGAAACCAAGUGGUGGAUUCCUCUAGGUAUCAAGUCUGGACCCCAACUCGCCACGGUCGAUACCCGCGCGCUCACUGCCAAGUCUGACACUGUUCCGGGUGUUGGCGAGGACUCGUUCUACAAGAUCAACAAAGACUUGUCCGGGUUCUAUCGAACAAACUAUCCUCCCCCGCACUUGGCUAAGCUGGGCAAAUCCCUUGAUCUGCUCAGCACUGAGGACAAGAUCGGUCUUUUGGGAGAUGCUUCUGCGCUUGCAGUCUCCGGGGAAGGCACUACACCUGCCCUUUUGACUCUUUUGGAGGGCUUCCAGAAUGAACAAAACUAUCUUGUUUGGUCCCAGGUCUCUGCCUCUCUGGCGAACCUCCGAUCGGUCUUCUCGCAGAACGAGAAGGUAGCCGAGGGUCUGAAAAAGUUCACCCUCCAAUUAGCCACCCCGGCGGCGGAGCGCAUUGGAUGGGAGUUCCAGCCCAAUGAGGACUAUCUCAUUGUGCAACUGCGCAAGCUUCUGAUCGCUAUGGCUUGCAAUGCGGGCCACGAAGAAUUUGUCGCAGAGGCCAAACGUCGCUUUGGUUCCUGGGCCACCGGUCAGGACGUGAAUGCCAUUCACACUAACUUGCGAUCAGUGAUCUUUAGUGUCAACGUUUCAGAGGGCGGCCGUGAGGAAUUUGACGCCGUCAAGGCCGAGUACCUCCGCACCAACUCCGUGGAUGGCAAGGAGAUCUGCUUGUCUGCCCUUGGACGCACCAAGGACGCUGCUCUGGUGAAGGAAUAUCUGGACUUUGUGUUCUCUGACAACGUGGCUGUUCAGGAUCUCCACAACGGUGCGGUGUCUUUGGCUGCCAACUCCAAGGUCCGUCAUCUCCUCUGGGAAUACAUCAAGGAGAACUGGGAUGGAGUCUCCACCCGGUUGGCAUCCAACAACGUCGUUUUCGAGCGCUUUGUCCGCAUGGGUCUGUCCAAGUUUGCCGAUCAUCAGAUCGGUGACGAAAUUGCUGCGUUCUUCCAGGACAAGGAGACUGCGGCUUACGAGCGCGCCCUCGUGAUUGUCAAUGACAACAUUCGGACCAAUGCAUCCUACAAGGAGCGUGAGGCGGCAUUGGUUCUUGAGUGGCUGCAGGCCCACAAAUACGUGUAA